UCUGUCAACGGCAACCGUAGCCAAAGGAGACCAACUCAGCGAUUCAACUCAGACGAUUCCAAAAAACUCGUUCCAAUCAUCUUCUAUUCGUGUCCAGCAAAAGUACAAAAUAUUUUAGCGAUUUACCAGUUAGCGAUCUGUUCCAAUCUAUACCCACAUGGUUUCACUCAGUUCCAUGCUUUUCUCUUCGAAAAAAAUUAACAGGAGGCGUCAAGGUAAGCUUCUUCCUCUUUCUCACUGCCUCUCUAUAACGCAGAGAUAUGUACAAUUCUUACAUUAGCUCAGCUGUGUUAACACUUAGAACUAAAGGGUCUCUUUCCUUUUCCUUCAAUGACUUCUCUAACUUACUUAGUGAAAGAUUUGACAAGAACCCAUUUCUAUCAUCACCAUCGCAAUGUUGUGCUUGCUGUAAUUGUUGUUCUUGUUGUGCAUCAUCACUUGCCACGCAUAGGGUGCCCAUAACCCCCAGCUUAUUUUAUGGGUUGAGGCAAUCUACUCUUAUUCAAUGGUCACCUUGUAGAAGGCUGAUCUUGGGUCACAGGGGUCCGUAUUAUUACCGGGUCCCUUCUUAUGGACUUGAUGAGGAUUGUUAUGAGGUAUCCUGCUCUUUUAAGAAGAAGAGUGGCGGGGAAAGAAUUAAGAGGAGAACGGAGGGAAAAGUUGGGCGCUUAAAUUUGCGUGAAAGGCGGUGUUUAAGUAGUGCUGAUGAUGCUGAGACUGUGAUCAGCUUGUUAAGUGAGGAAGUGACUGGGGAGUGUUUAGGUGACAGACUUCAAAAGAGUAGUUCGUCAAAGAGAUUGGAACUGGAAAAGAAAAGUAAAUAUGGUGAUGAACUUAAGCAGCAUAGGAAAAAGAAUGAUAGGUUGAGUUUACUGGAAAGUGAUUCCAAGAGUCAGUUUGAGUUGAUUACAACUGAGUUGAGUAGGGAAGGGUAUAGAAUGAAGGAAGAGAGGGAACAAUGUAGAAGGAAGGAAAAUACAGAUGAUUUUCUAAAGAAGGAAGAGACGGGAGAAUUUAGAAGAAAAGAAGAGAGGGAUGGGAAGGAAGAAAGGUCAAAAGGUGGGAAUCGCAGGGGAAGGAAAGCUAGCUCUAGCUUUUCAUCUUAUUACUCGCUUUCUUCUAUGGGAGAUUUUGAAAGUGAUAAAGAAGCUCAAAAUGAGCAUGUUGUUUCCCUGGAAGAAUCAUCAAGUAGACAUAAGAAAGAACUACGGAGUGAAGAAAAUACAUUUGAUGGGCAAGUGGUGGAAGAGUUUAAAAGGCAUGGAGAUAGGGGGCAAGGAAAGGUUUCGGAGCAGGGAACUGAUAUGAGAAGGGCUGAUGCUGCCUGGGAUUUGAGAAAGAAAUCUGAGAAGCAGCUUACUGAGAUUGAUGAAAUGCAGUCCAGAGAGGAAUCCUCUCAAUUGCACUCAAGAAUGGCAAGGACUAGUAUAAGUGAUCAUGAGAAGGUGUCAAGUUCUCGUAAACAAAUACGUGAUGAGAAUGAGAAAUUAACAUUGGCUGUCAGUUUGGAGAAAGGAACAGGAAAGCAAUAUAAUCAAACAGGUGACCAAGUCGCAGAACAGUCUCAAAUCAGAAGAAAAUACCAGGAAAUUACUCAUAGGGAGGAUAUCCAAGGAAAAAAUGGAAAAGCAACCUCCCAGUACCAAAGGCAGUCCAAUAGCAGAGAAGAAAACCUGACAGCAGAUUCAGAUUUGGUCGGGGAAAGAAAGGGCGAAAAUUAUGGUACAGUUGGUGAAAGUGCUGAAUGCAGUAAUUUAAGAAAAAAUACUACUGAAAUGUCAGAAAUUGGAAGUGUGAAUGUGGAAAGAGUUUCUAAUGUGCAGAGGCAGUAUGAGUCUAGAAUGAAGAUCCAUGAAGAAGAUAGAGCUGCAAGGUCAGUUUGGGAGACAAAUGAGAAACGCCAGCAAACAUCUGAGUAUAUAACUGGACAUAAUGAGUCAAGAAGAGAUUCACAAUGGCUGUCUGAAAGACCAGAAAUUCAUGACAGUACCAGAUCAGAAACUGGAACAAAGAACCAGGAAGCAAGUACGGGUAUUGUUUAUCAUCCGGUUGAAGAAGCAAAAGAGAAAAGGUCCCCCACUGAAGGAAAAACUAUAGGGAGAAUUCAAUCAAGAAAAGGAUCCCAAGGUGUCACUAAUAUAUCUGUGAAUGUCACCAAUGUCUCAGUUGUUCAUGCCAGUGAUAGAGAAAGAGUUAAUGAUUCUCAGAUAACUUCAGUAAACAAAAUAACUCAUCAAGGAAGUGAAUUGAUGUCAGUUGUGAAACCCAUUCGAGAAACCAGAGAAAGAUAUGAACAAACUGAUGAAAGAAUCACUGAGGUCAAAUCAAGAAAAGGGGCUCACAUGACCUCUGAAGCAUCAGGUUUUCAAGAAAAAACUUCAGAAGAGGCCUCUAGUUCUCGAGCAUCCUUGAAUAUGGUUUCCCAAGGAAGAAUGCAGCAUAUUGAUGUGGAGGGGAACUACAGAAAUUCUCAGGCAGUAAUGACACCGCCAGCUCCUCAAAUGGUAGCUCGAGGUUCGCCGAGUGUUGAUCCAUUUAGUGAGAUAUCAACCCAUGAAGCUCACACAGAAACUUCUGAAAGCAGCUUGAGCGUUUUUAAUAACAAUUCAGGAGAGAGAACUCCGAUUUCACAGCAGGAGCUGUAUGACAAAGAUAGGAAGGGUGAGAUUUAUGGGAAGCCUCUAAUACCUGAAGAUGCUUUGGGUUCAGCUCAUCAUCUAGAGGAGUCAUCCUUGCAGUUUGUUGGGGAAUUCAUGCAGAGAGCCAGGCAUGAAUUGUUGAGCUCUAAAAUCACAGAAGAGAAAGUGACUGACCAAAAUUUAACAUAUGAAGGUGAGAAGGACAAAGAAAAGAGUUCAGGUCAAAAUGGUUCUGAAGAUCUACUGUUCAAAGAGCAGGACUCUAGGCGUUCUGGAGUAAAGGGCCCUUCUGAUGAAAUGUGGGAUGUGGCGAACCCAUCUUUUCCAGAACCUUCAGAGACAGAAGCAGCAGAGGGCAGCACAGCAACUACGAGUACUGUUGUUAAGAGGAGGGGACGGUCCUUGUGGGGUAUUAUUGCAGAUGUAGUUCGAUUGCGCUGGGGUUCACAUGCUGAAACCCCUAAGUCAGCUAGAAGAUCUGGCGGAAAGAUUUCUUCAAAUGAUUCUGUUAACAGUGAGGCAUGGUUUUCUGGUCAUGACCCUGAAGAAAUCAGUGAUAAAACUAUUGAAAGGGAAAGAAGCAACAUGGCAAAAGAAGCCACCUCUUCUCAUCACUUGCAACUGAUGCAAAUGUCUGGUCGAGGCCAGGGAAAAGAGUCUGACAUGAUUGGAUCAAAGGACGAAUUAGGACUGCUUGAAGGAGAGACAUCCUCUUCUCCAACUAUAUUCAAAAGUGGGUCCACAUCAAAAGGAAUUUCCUCUCCUUCUGAAGAGGAAAACCUUGUUUGGGGACAAGACAGAAAGAGUUCUCAAGGAACAAGGAAACAAGAUGGAAAGAGUUCUCAAGUUUUCCCUCCUAGCACAGUAGUUGGGGAAACUUCAUCUAUACCAGUGCCUUCUAGUGGCAUGGAUACUCUCAUGGUAGAAGAAAGUUAUGGUAGGGAUAAAACUGAUGCCACUAUUAGUGGUUCAAUGGAGCUAAUGGAGCAACCUGCUACUGCAAAGUUGACUGAAGUGUUGAGCCCUGAUCGAAAAGAUGGAGAGUUGAAGCAAAGGAGACUUCAGAGGAACAAGCAAGUCUUAAGGGACAGAUUUGAUGAAUGGGAAGAAGCAUAUAUACGGGAAAGUGAGCAGCGAAAAGUUGAUGAAAUGUUUAUGAGAGAAGCACUGCUAGAAGCCAAGAAGGCUGCUGAUACUUGGGAGGUGCCCGUUGGGGCUGUUCUGGUGCAAAAUGGAAAAAUUAUUGCUCGUGGCUACAAUCUAGUGGAGGAGUUGCGGGACUCCACUGCCCAUGCAGAAAUGAUUUGUAUACGAGAGGCUUCAAACCAUCUCCGGAGCUGGAGGCUUGCGGAGUGCACACUUUAUGUAACACUUGAACCAUGUCCUAUGUGUGCUGGAGCAAUACUUCAAGCAAGAAUAGACACUCUCGUUUGGGGAGCUCCCAAUAAGCUUCUUGGAGCUGAUGGAAGCUGGAUUAGACUUUUUCCUGGAGGAGAAAAUGGCUCAGAACUGACAGAUAAGCCAGCUGCUCCAGUCCAUCCUUUCCAUCCAAAAAUGACAAUCCGGCGAGGGAUAAUGGCAUCAGAGUGUGCAGAUAGGAUGCAGCAAUUCUUCCAGCUUAGGAGAAGGAAAAAGGUGAAGAGUGAAGAUUUGCUCCCCAAGCCUUCUCUUCCUAUUGCGAGUCAUCAAUCAAAAAUCCUCACCAAGAUGCAUGACAUAUUCCAUGCGUUCUUGUGUUUGUAACCAUCAAUUUUUCUUGAAGCUGUAAACCAUUGCUGUACUGGCGCAGGACCAUUGUGAUCCUCUCUGUGUCUCCAGUGUACUAUAGCAUAAACAGAAACGCUAGCUAGGCACCCUGUUGAAAUUUUCAGUUCAUGGACCUUUUUGCAGCAACUAGCUAGGCACCCUGUUGAAAAUCUUAGUUCAUGGACCAUUUCCCUUUUGGCAGCAAAGUUUAAUUUUUGAGAUCUACACAACAAUCUGAAAGGAAUGCUUGAAUCAUUUCAAUUUUAGUUCUGGAUUUUCA